AUGAGCAACGAGGAUUACGGUUACGACUACGACUAUCUGUUCAAGAUUGUGCUGAUUGGGGACUCCGGGGUCGGGAAGUCGAAUCUGCUGUCGCGUUUCACGACUAACGAGUUCAACAUCGAGUCGAAGUCCACGAUUGGUGUUGAGUUUGCGACGCGGACGAUCGAGGUUGAGGGGAAGAAGAUCAAGGCCCAGAUCUGGGACACCGCCGGACAGGAGCGGUACCGUGCGAUCACCUCCGCUUACUACAGGGGUGCUGUCGGAGCGCUGAUCGUGUACGACAUAAGUAAGUCCUCCACGUACGAGAACUGCAACCACUGGCUCACUGAGCUGCGUGAGAACGCGGACGAUAACGUUGCAGUCGGGUUGAUUGGGAACAAGUCCGAUCUUGCGCAUUUGAGGGCUGUCCCCACAGAUGAGGCGAAGAACUUCGCACAGGAGAACCAGUUGCUGUUUACGGAGACCAGUGCUCUAAACAGCGAGAACGUUGACCAGGCGUUCAGGGAACUCAUCACAGCGAUAUACCAGAUGGUCAGCAAGCACCAAGUGGACCUGGAUAACAGCAACGGCCAAGGCGCGGCCGGCGCGGGCAACGGCGCCCCCAGGGGACCCACCAUCAGUCUCACACCAACGCCCAACGAGAAAUCCAAGAAGAACAGUUCAAGUAACUGUUGUUAA